ACCCGCAACCCACACCUCCUGCCCCGGACAUAUAACAGGGGCAAGGGGGCGGGGAUGCCCCUGGAGCCCAGCCCGGAGCAGCCCCGCUGGAGCCAGGUGGAGACCUUUCAUCUACCAUGGCAUCAAGACGUGUUCCAAAAGUGAAAUCCACAAAGGGAGCAUCUCAGUGCAAGGAGAGACGCAUGGCUCUGCUCACCACUGUGGGGAAGAUCGAGAUAUCGGGGUGUGAAACAGGCUUACAUGAAAUAAAGCUUCCAAAAAUGAGUUUGCUGCCAAGUGGGGCAGAGUCCUCAGCCAUGUGUGAGGUGUGUGAAGGCACCGAGGAGAUGACAGAGCCACUGCAGCAGUGCAUGGGGUGGCUCUAUGCCUACUUCUGUGAUCCUGCAAGGACAGCAACCCUUCCUGUGCCAGCCUUCCACCACCCGCUGCUCCAGCAAGAUUCCUUCACCAGCAAAGUGCUGUGGACCCUAUUGAGAGACGUGAAGCUUGGAGAGGCCGUUUCCUACAAGCACUUGGCAGGGCUGGCAGGCAACAGCAGAGCAGCGAGGGCAGUGGGAGGAGCCAUGAGGAACAACCCUAUCCCAAUCAUAAUCCCAUGCCACAGAGUGAUUUGCAGCAGUGGACAGAGCGGCAACUACGGAGGAGGCAACCUCAUGAAAGAGUGGCUUUUAUCACACGAGAAGCUCCAGCAAGAGAAGGCAGCACAUUGAUGCAGCUCAGCCCCGGAUGCUAACCAGCAGCGUGGAUACUUGGCUUGUAACAAGCGCUCAGAGCACCCAGCUUAGAGGAAUGGUAAAUAUUUGAGUGACAUAGAAAUAUAAUGCAACAUCCAAAGUGAAAUGUGUGGUGGCACCACUAUAUUAAAAAAGCAGGAUGUGUCCUGAGGGAUGCAGCUCGUCUGCCCUUUCUUGGUUUUACAUUUUACAGCAGAAUGACUACAGCGGUCCAGGCCGGUUGUGCAUGGAUUGUGUUCCCAUCUCAAGCCUGGUUUGUUCUAUUUUUAAUGUCCAUUAGAGCACAGGGAAGGGAAUGGGAGGGACCUGGCAAAUGGGAGGUGCAAGCCCCACAAGGAAGCAUCUGGCUUGGUAAGGGGGAAACCCACAAGCCUGGGUCUCCCCUCACCUCUUUAGAGCCUGGAAUGGGGUUUUACCUAAACAGGCAUUAGCAGAGCACACCGGGAUGGAUUUAAAAGCAAGUGGCUGUUGGAUUGCUUGUUCCCAGCUUUUCUUUUUGGAUUGUGAGAGAUGGGAAUACAGUUUCACCGAUGCAAAAAGCAGGGUGAAGAGAAGCUGCUGGCAAACUGCAUGGAAAGUGUAUUUGAAAUCAGCAGUUUGAGUAGCACAACUUGGACAAAAUAGUGGGAAGCUCAUCACAGGUUCUUCUUUAUCAGCAUCACGUCUCCUUUAACCGUCUGAUUUCCUCCCUUUAGCUUUUUGCAUUUCUCUGUUGUGUAAAGCAAAAGGAUCCCAGUGUUUGGGAGGUGUUAAAGCUCACUUUUGAGGUGGUUUAAGCAGGGUUCUCUGCAAGUACCAGCCACCAGAAGCUGAAAUUUUCAGUAUGGGAAUCGUAAAUCCUAACAUGGAAAUAGUGAUUUUUUUAUGUGUUUGAUCAUAUUUUCAUAGAAGUCUCUUUAGAAAAGGCCAUUGCUAACCAAAAAAUUACUGUGUUACAAUGCGUUAGUUAAUGUGGUAUUAUUGAUACCCCCGAAUUGCUUCAAUAAAAGAACUGCUUUGCAUGUA